AGGGGUGCUUGGAAGCGAGCCGCAUUUCCCGACCUUUUUGUUGGACAUUCUGCACACCUUGGACGCCGCCAGAGGAGCUGUCAAGCCCCGUAGGCUCUGAUUUCGCCCUCCGUCUCCCUGGCCUUCCCCCGGGUUCCCCGUGCCUCGGUGGAGUAUUCGCGUUCGUUGGUUCGGGGCUGGGGCUGGAGGAGGCAGCCACACGCGCGCACACGCACACGUUCAGAGGAGGGCGAGAGGCAGCGGCACCGGCACCAUCUGCAGUGUCAAUGCGGCGCUCCCGCUGAAGCAGGCAAAGAGGCGCUUGCAGGGAGCCUGCACUCCUCCCUCGACACUGCUGUGCCGAGUGUGACUGUGCCCCGAGGACGCGUCUCUGAAAUGAAAGCCAUGCCUUGGAAUUGGACUUGCCUGCUCUCCCACCUCCUAAUGGUGGGGAUGGGCUCCUCCACUCUACUCCCCCAGCAGCCACCCCUGCUGCCCCAGAAGCGGUCUUUUGUCACGUUCCACGGGGAGCCCGCCGAGAGCUUCAACCACCUGGUGGUGGACGAGAGGACAGGGCACAUUUAUGUGGGGGCCGUCAAUCGGAUCUACAAGCUCUCCAGCGACUUGAAGGUCCUGGUGACCCACCAGACUGGGCCGGACGAGGACAACCCCAAGUGCUACCCUCCCCGCAUUGUCCAGACGUGCAACGAGCCCCUGACCACCACCAACAAUGUCAACAAGAUGCUCCUGAUAGACUACAAGGAGAACAGGCUGAUCGCUUGCGGGAGCCUGUACCAAGGCAUCUGCAAGCUCCUGAGGCUGGAGGACCUCUUCAAGCUGGGGGAGCCUUUUCACAAGAAGGAGCACUACCUGUCGGGGGUCAACGAGAGUGGCUCUGUCUUUGGGGUGAUCGUCUCCUACAACAACCUGGACGACAAGCUCUUCAUUGCCACGGCCGUGGACGGGAAGCCAGAGUAUUUCCCCACCAUCUCCAGCCGGAAACUGACCAAGAACUCAGAGGCGGAUGGCAUGUUCGCGUACGUCUUCCACGAUGAGUUUGUGGCCUCGAUGAUCAAGAUUCCUUCGGACACUUUCACCGUCAUCCCCGACUUUGAUAUCUACUACGUCUACGGCUUCAGCAGCGGCAACUUUGUCUACUUUUUGACGCUUCAGCCUGAGAUGGUGUCUCCCCCCGGCUCCACCACAAAGGAGCAGGUUUAUACGUCCAAGCUCGUGAGGCUUUGCAAGGAGGACACGGCCUUCAACUCCUACGUGGAGGUGCCCAUUGGCUGUGAGCGUGGCGGGGUGGAGUACCGCCUGCUGCAGGCUGCCUACCUGUCCAAAGCUGGGGCCGUGCUCGCCCGGACCCUCGGGGUUCGCCCAGAGGACGACCUCCUCUUCACCGUCUUCUCCAAAGGCCAGAAGCGGAAAAUGAAAUCCCUGGACGAGUCGGCCCUGUGCCUCUUCAUCCUGAAGCAGAUCAACGACCGCAUUAAGGAGCGGCUGCAGUCCUGCUAUCGGGGCGAGGGCACGCUGGACCUGGCCUGGCUCAAGGUGAAGGACAUUCCCUGCAGCAGCGCGCUCUUAACCAUUGAUGACAACUUCUGUGGCCUGGAUAUGAACGCCCCCCUGGGUGUGUCUGAGAUGGUGCGUGGCAUCCCCGUCUUCACGGAGGACAAGGACCGCAUGACUUCUGUCAUCGCAUACGUCUACAAGAAUCAUUCUCUGGCCUUCGUGGGCACCAAAAGUGGCAAGCUGAAGAAGAUCCGGGUAGAUGGGCCCAGGGGCAAUGCCCUCCAGUAUGAGACGGUGCAGGUGGUGGACCCCGGGCCCGUCCUCCGGGACAUGGCCUUCUCCAAGGACCACGAGCAGCUCUACAUCAUGUCGGAAAGGCAGCUCACCAGAGUCCCUGUGGAGUCCUGUGGUCAGUAUCGGAGCUGCGGCGAGUGCCUUGGCUCAGGCGAUCCCCACUGUGGCUGGUGUGUGCUCCACAACACGUGCACCCGGAAGGAGCGCUGUGAGCGGUCCAGAGAGCCCCGCAGGUUUGCCUCUGAGAUGAAGCAGUGCGUCCGGCUGACCGUCCAUCCCAGCAACAUCUCCGUUUCUCAGUACAAUGUCCUGCUGGUCCUGGAGACAUACAAUGUCCCAGAGCUGUCAGCUGGUGUCAACUGCACCUUCGAGGACCUGUCAGAGAUGGAUGGGCUGGUGGUAGGCAAUCAGAUCCAGUGCUACUCCCCAGCAGCCAAGGAGGUGCCCCGGAUCAUCACGGAGAACGGGGACCACCAUGUCGUCCAGCUGCAGCUCAAGUCGAAGGAGACAGGCAUGACCUUUGCCAGCACCAGCUUUGUCUUCUACAACUGCAGCGUCCACAACUCGUGCCUGUCCUGCGUGGAGAGCCCAUACCGCUGCCACUGGUGUAAAUACCGGCAUGUCUGCACCCACGACCCCAAGACUUGCUCCUUCCAGGAAGGCCGGGUGAGGCUGCCUGAGGACUGCCCGCAGCUGCUGCGAGUGGACAAGAUCCUGGUGCCCGUGGAGGUGAUCAAGCCCAUCACUCUCAAGGCCAAGAACCUCCCCCAGCCGCAGUCGGGGCAGCGCGGGUACGAGUGCAUCCUCAGCAUCCAGGGCAGCGAGCAGAGGGUGCCCGCCCUGCGCUUCAACAGCUCCAGCGUGCAGUGCCAGAACACCUCUUAUUCCUACGAAGGGAUGGAGAUCAACAACCUGCCGGUGAAGCUGACGGUCGUGUGGAACGGGCACUUCAACAUUGAUAACCCAGCUCAGAAUAAAGUUCACCUCUAUAAGUGCGGCGCCAUGCGUGAGAGCUGCGGGCUGUGCCUCAAGGCGGACCCGGACUUCGAAUGCGGCUGGUGCCAGGGCCAGGGCCAGUGUACCCUCCGGCAGCACUGCCCCAUCCACGAGAGCCACUGGCUGGAGCUGUCGGGCUCCAACAGCAAGUGCACGAAUCCCCGCAUCACCGAGAUAAUCCCAGUGACAGGCCCCCGGGAAGGGGGCACCAAGGUCACCAUCCGAGGGGAGAACCUGGGCCUGGAGUUCCGGGACAUCGCCUCCCAUGUCAAGGUGGCCGGCGUGGAGUGCAGCCCUUUGGUAGAUGGCUACAUCCCUGCGGAACAGAUCGUGUGUGAGAUGGGGGAGGCCAAGCCCAGCCAGCACGCCGGCUUCGUGGAGAUCUGUGUGGCUGUGUGUCGGCCCGAGUUCAUGGCCAGGUCCUCGCAGCUCUAUUACUUCAUGACGCUGACUCUCUCAGACCUGAAGCCCAGCCGGGGGCCCAUGUCCGGAGGCACACAGGUGACCAUCACGGGCACCAACCUGAACGCGGGCAGCAACGUGGUGGUGAUGUUUGGGAAGCAGCCCUGCCUCUUCCACAGGCGCUCUCCGUCCUACAUCGUCUGCAACACCACGUCCUCAGAUGAGGUGCUGGAAAUGAAGGUGACGGUGCAGGUAGACAGGGCCAGGAUCCACCAGGACCUGUUCUUCCAGUACAUGGAGGAUCCUACCAUUGUGCGGAUCGAGCCCGAGUGGAGCAUCACCAGUGGAAACACACCCAUCGCCGUGAGGGGGACCCACCUGGACCUCAUACAGAACCCCCAGAUCCGUGCCAAGCACGGAGGGAAGGAGCACAUCAAUCUCUGCGAGGUUCUGAACGCUACUGAGAUGACCUGCCAGGCUCCUGCCCUCGCUCUGGGGCCCGACCAGCAGUCUGACCUGACGGAGAGGCCCGAGGAGUUUGGCUUCAUCCUGGACAACGUCCAAUCCCUGCUAAUCCUCAACAAGACCAACUUCACCUACUACCCCAAUCCUGUGUUUGAGGCCUUCGGUCCCUCAGGAAUCCUGGAGCUCAAGCCCGGCACACCCAUCAUCCUAAAGGGCAAGAACCUGAUCCCGCCCGUGGCUGGGGGCAAUGUAAAGCUGAACUACACCGUGCUGGUCGGGGAGAAGCCGUGCACCGUCACAGUGUCAGAUGUGCAGCUGCUCUGCGAGUCCCCCAACCUCAUAGGCCGGCACAAAGUGAUGGCCCGAGUCGGCGGCAUGGAGUACUCCCCGGGGAUGGUGUACAUUGCCCCGGACAGCCCGCUCAGCCUGCCCGCCAUCGUUAGCAUCGCCGUGGCCGGCGGCCUCCUCAUCGUCUUCAUCGUGGCCGUUCUCAUCGCCUACAAACGCAAGUCCCGGGAGAGCGACCUCACGCUGAAGCGGCUGCAGAUGCAGAUGGACAACCUGGAGUCCCGCGUGGCCCUGGAGUGCAAAGAAGCCUUUGCCGAGCUGCAGACGGACAUCCACGAGUUGACCAGUGACCUGGACGGAGCCGGGAUUCCCUUCCUGGACUACAGAACCUACACUAUGCGAGUGCUGUUCCCGGGAAUUGAAGACCACCCCGUCCUCCGGGACCUCGAGGUCCCGGGCUACCGGCAGGAGCGCGUGGAGAAAGGCCUGAAGCUCUUCGCUCAGCUCAUCAACAACAAGGUGUUCCUGCUGUCCUUCGUUCGCACGCUGGAGUCUCAGCGCAGCUUCUCCAUGCGUGACCGCGGCAACGUGGCCUCGCUCAUCAUGACGGUGCUACAGAGCAAGCUGGAAUACGCCACUGACGUGCUGAAGCAGCUGCUGGCUGACCUCAUAGACAAGAACCUGGAGAGCAAGAACCAUCCCAAGCUGCUGCUCAGGAGGACUGAGUCGGUGGCUGAGAAGAUGUUGACCAAUUGGUUUACCUUCCUGCUCUACAAGUUCCUCAAGGAGUGCGCCGGGGAGCCCCUCUUCUCCCUGUUCUGCGCCAUCAAGCAGCAGAUGGAGAAGGGGCCCAUUGACGCCAUCACGGGCGAGGCCCGCUACUCUCUCAGCGAGGACAAGCUCAUUCGCCAGCAGAUCGACUACAAAACCCUGGUCCUGAGUUGUGUCAACCCAGACAAUGCCAACAGCCCUGAGGUCCCAGUGAAGAUCCUCAACUGCGACACCAUUACUCAGGUCAAGGAGAAGAUUCUGGACGCCAUCUUCAAGAAUGUGCCCUGCUCCCACCGGCCCAAGGCUGCAGACAUGGACCUGGAGUGGCGACAAGGAAGCGGGGCGAGGAUGAUCCUGCAGGAUGAAGACAUCACCACCAAGAUUGAGAACGACUGGAAGAGACUGAACACCCUGGCGCAUUACCAGGUGCCGGAUGGUUCUGUGGUGGCUUUAGUGUCCAAGCAGGUGACAGCCUACAAUUCAGUGAACAACUCCACCGUCUCCAGGACCUCGGCAAGUAAAUACGAAAACAUGAUCCGGUACACGGGCAGCCCUGACAGCCUCCGCUCACGCACACCCAUGAUCACCCCUGACCUGGAGAGUGGCGUCAAGAUGUGGCACCUGGUGAAGAACCACGAGCACGGGGACCAGAAGGAGGGUGACCGGGGGAGCAAGAUGGUGUCUGAAAUCUAUCUGACGCGACUGCUGGCCACUAAGGGCACACUGCAGAAGUUUGUGGACGACCUCUUCGAGACCAUCUUCAGCACGGCGCACCGCGGCUCCGCCCUGCCCCUGGCGAUCAAGUACAUGUUUGACUUCCUGGAUGAGCAGGCGGACAAGCACGGCAUCCACGACCCGCACGUCCGCCACACCUGGAAGAGCAACUGCCUGCCCCUGAGGUUUUGGGUCAACAUGAUCAAGAACCCCCAGUUUGUGUUUGACAUCCACAAGAACAGCAUCACUGACGCCUGCCUCUCUGUGGUGGCCCAGACCUUCAUGGACUCCUGCUCCACGUCGGAGCACCGGCUGGGCAAGGACUCCCCCUCCAACAAGCUGCUCUACGCCAAGGACAUCCCCAGCUACAAGAACUGGGUGGAGAGGUAUUACUCAGACAUCGGGAAGAUGCCGGCCAUCAGUGACCAGGACAUGAAUGCGUACCUGGCUGAGCAGUCCCGGAUGCACAUGAAUGAGUUCAACACCAUGAGCGCACUCUCCGAGAUCUUCUCCUACGUGGGCAAGUACAGCGAGGAGAUCCUUGGACCUCUGGACCACGAUGACCAGUGUGGGAAGCAGAAACUGGCCUACAAACUAGAACAAGUCAUAACCCUCAUGAGCUUAGACAGCUGAGAACCGUCCUUCCAGGCACCCCCUGGAGGGAGGGACACACCAAGCCGUGCCUCAGUCUAGAUUAUCAUCUUUACCAAGUGCAAGUUCCGACUGGCGUCAGCAGCAUCCCCUGAGCAGCGCCGUCUCCCCCUCUCUCUCUCUCUCUGCCUGUUUCUGUCUCUCUCUCCUUCCUGGAUCCCCCCUCUUUCAGUUGCUGUAACAACAUGACUGAGCCAAGCCACCGACCCUCAGUCAGUCCAGGAUGGCCCGCCCCCCGUGAGGGACCUGAGCAGAAGACAUAAGAGGGGCCCCUUCCCCGCUGACCCCGUGCAUCAGCUGCAGGGCCCGACUGUGGAUGAGGAUGCUUCUGUACUGCUACUUCACCUUCCACGUUUUGACAGCCCCGCAUCGAGCCGAACGUCGGCCUGCGGCCGAGGCAGUGAGCUCUGUAUUGUCUUCACUGGGAAGACGUCUCCUGGCCCAGGUUUCCAUCUCCAGGGGGUCUGUCAGUGGCGUGGUCCCUCUGCAACUGUGGCAAUAGCAGUUACAGCCCAUUGUGGAGAUCCUCCCAACCUCCCAAUCUGGCUCAUAGCGGCAGAAAUGUAACACGUAGAGGGAGAAAAGAAGAGAGCUGCAUCUACCCUGGAAGCAGAAUUGGUUGUUUUCCAUUUGCCUCCACAUGCUAACGAAUCACGACCAUAGUCAUGGGUCUGAUCCCUUGCAGAUCCCCAAGUGCCGUCUAGAGGACACACCUCCAUCCUCCUUGGUCAUCGCUCAUCAGGGGUCAAGGUAAAAGGCCGAGUGCAUCUGGGAGAUUCUACCUCCAGCUGUCUCCGUGGCUCCCAUCCCCACCAUCCUUCCUGAGAACUCUAGAAAGUUGGGGCAGACAGCCUCGCCCCUGGCUCCCUGCAGAAUCUGGUGCCGUUGCAGAUGCAGAUGACUUUGUCUCUGGACUGUUCAGACCUCCUUGGGAACUAUUUCAUCAACAUCUCAGCUGUCUCUGUAGUCACUCUCCUCCCUGAGCUCUUCGGCAGUCAUCAUGGAAAGAAACAUACUCAAGGACAGCCUCGCAGAGACAAGCCAAAACGCCAGCCCAACUCAGUCCCGAGUUUGUCGUGUUUGGGAAGGACCGAAGAAUCAAGAGGAAGGACCUGGCCGGAAAUGGGAGGAGGGACAUACAACUGACCUUGCUCUGGCAUCUGUUCCUCCAUCUGUCCUUCCAUCCACGGAUACAUCAUUUUAGCCAGCCAGACUAAUGUGUGCUCAGACAUGUGUCCUAGGUGAGCAGGCGCUGUAGUGAGAGACGGUCUGACGGAAGAUCGUGGAAACCUAUAACCUUGAAGGGACCUUAGACACCACCUCCAUCUGUGGUCCAGUCUCCGCCAUAGACUCGCCUGGCAGCCCCGGUGUGGAGUUGUACACCACUCUGGGAGGCAAGCAGCGGCAUCAUCUCAGGUGGGGUUGGGGACAAGGUUCCACAGUCCCGCCUUCACUCCCCGAGCAUCAGACAUCCUCCCCUGCCAUCCACUCCACAGGGGCCCCACGUGGAAAGAGGAAGGAACCACACCAUUUCCAGCAACAUCUGUGGAGCACCCUGUGCUUGAAGAAUGCUAGCCCCUUUGGAUAUGAGUGUGUGUGUGUGUGAUCUCAUGUGCACAUGCGUGUGUGUGUGUGUGUGUGUGUGUGUGCUCCAGGAGUAGGCAGAGAGCUCAGAAAGCUUUCUUGUCCUAUCAGGGGGAUCUGAAGCAUCUCCCUUCUCUGCCCUUGCUCGCCAUUCAUUCUGCAACUUCGGGACAUUUCAACACGUGUUUUCUGUGCUGCGUGCAGAGGGGUGAGGUCACCCCUCCGUAGGAAAUCAGGGUGGUCCCUGGCCAAGGGGAUCCUGGACAGGACUGGAGGCCGGGCGGUGGUGACGCAGAGCAGGGCGUGAUGUGGCGUCGAGCAGGACAAAUGAUGGGCAAAAUGCAAGUAACCUAACCAACGGGAAGAGGAGAAUGAGAAAAUAUGAGGGUCAAGGGGGAAACGCAUAACCAAAGGUUUUGGCAAAUGAAGUGCCACGUGAAGAAGCAUGGAAUUUCUACCCUUGACCAUUUGAUUUCCUCCCCAGAAGCCACAAGCCCUGGCAGGCCAGGAAGGAAGCAUGCGGGAGGAGGGCUGAGGAGGCACCUGGGCCGCUAACAUAUUUUUGCACAUGUGAAGGGGUUGGGGAGAAGAAAGACACAAACAUAUUUAACACAGAUGUGCUGAAUGGAAGCUGUGAGUGUAAGUAUGUGUGUAUGAGUGUGUUUUGAUUUAUUUUUUAAGUUUUGCACAGUUGUUAGAGAAAAAAAAUGAACAAGUAGAAAAAAGACUGUUAUCAUGGUUCUGCUGAAGCUUUUCUUUUCUUACCGGAUUAUUAUUAUUAUUGUUUCGUUGUCGGUACAAAUUAUUUUCCCCAUGUUUUUGUUGUAAGAGAAACUUCAGUCACCUCAGAGAAAUGUCAGGAAGAAAGAGGGGAGGAGGAUGGACAAGUUUCCACGCCCUCCUCAUCUCUCCUGGAGGUUUUAUUUUAAUUGGUGGGGUGGGUUGUUUCUGGCGCUUUGUUUGCCCAAAGUCUCUGUGGCCUGCUGGGGGGAUGGAGAAAUAGGAUAGAAUUUCGCAGCGUCACAACCCAUCUUCCCCAUAAGAGCCCUCUUUCCUUUUGCUGUCUGUUUUCCAUUUCUUUCCUUUGGAUUCUUGGCGCACGUGUGAUACGUUUCAAAGUAAAGACAAGGCAGCAUUGUCAAAAAGCCUCUCUUUCCCCCAGAUCUUCUUUCCACACCUCCCCUUGGAAUGCCCAACCUCCUCCUGGCAGGCCAGAGACCCCAUGCUGGCCAGUAUGUGCCAGAGAAAGGACUUGGGCAGACUGGGUCCUGUGGAAGGGAAGUCUCUUCAAGGCCCUGCCCCGUGUCACAGUUAAUGUUCAGGGUCACAGUUCUGUUUAAGGUGGGACCUUUAUCUGACUCCUUGAGUUGUGGGCAGAGAGCAGGGGAGAAAAGGGCCAUAUCUCCUCACCUCCCUUUCAUCCCAUCUCUUUCACUCUUUCAACCCCUUGAAACCACCAGGGUCCAAAAUGGUACCAGGAGAUCACACAGCCGAAAUAACUGACCUGGGUGAGGUAAGGAGUCUGAAUGUUGAAGUGAGGUGGGAUGGCGCCGGGAGUGGCGAGGGGGAGGUAGAACUUUACGAGGUCCUGAAUCUAAAAGAAUGGGAGAGAGAGGCUGGGAAAGUUAACUGCAGGCUGGUCAUCUCUCCCGGGAGCACAAGUCUCCCCCAGGUCUGGGCUUUGCCAUUCUCUGUCCUUCCUUGGAAGGAGAGAUCCUGACACUUCUUGGUUAACUGCAAAUAGUACCUUUAAGUGAAGUCGGCUAUCGUGUCGGUUACUUCCUCAGGAAAACCUUUUUUUCUUGCCUUCUGCUUUCAAGGUGGUUUGGAAGUCAGGGACCCAGGAUAACCUGAGCGUCCCAUAGGCCAACCGUGAUGUGCACACCCAGAGCCCUAGCGCCUCCCUCUCGUGAGCCUGUGGGCCAGUGAGUGAGGCCAGAGAUGCCAGAAAGAGAGAAAUCAGUUUAAACAAAUCCCGACAUUGGAGGCAGACUGUCCUGGACCGUGCCCAAGCAGCGGCGGGAGCGAGGUCUCUGAUCCUGGCCCUGCAGGCCCAGCUCUCACCUCCCAGGCCGGGAUCGGUGUCGAUGGACUAUCCCAGCACCACACCCCCUUCCCCUCACCCCAGCUCCUCGUGCUCUUGUCCCCUUUGCAUGCCUGCCUCCUGAGUGUGCCCCACCCCAGCAGAAUGGAGUGCCCCCUCCCCCCCGCCCACCUCCCGCACGCGUAGCCUCUGCCCCACGACCGCGUAGCCACGAAGUUCAGGAGCUGCUCAGCCCCCGGUAGACAGCUCCGCCCUCCGUCCAGCCCCCUGGGACCGCCCUAGCCCCGUCCAGCCCUCCAAAGCUGCCUCGCCCCGCGAGCGCUUGGGGCUCCCUGGUCCAGCCAGGGCCGGUGGGCCCCCCAUCAGAGGAGCCAUAGCAGUGAUUUCCCAAAUGACCUCCGUUCCACAAGGCAAGUCCUGCUGAUGUUUCCAGAGCCCUAAACAACCCCUAAAAGGGAAAGCUCCUUAUCCCAUCUGUCUCAGCUCUUACGACAAAGGGGCACUUCCUUUGGCCUCACAGGAUGCGAAGUCAAAUACUUAACCCAGUGAAGGCUACGGUUAAUUACUGUUAAUCAAAAACAGAGAGCCGUGGAGGGAGAGGAGCUUUGGCCCUGGACCACGGCCCUUCCAGGAACUGGCCCCACCAAUGAGGACCGCAGCGUGGGUGUCUGAGAGGCGAUUCCAUGAAUGAAAAGCGUCUAGGUACCAGAGUCCCCACUGUGCCCCCAGUAGACCCACCCCGGGCAGAUCGCACCUCCUUCCUGGCCCUUCCUCUUGCUUUAGUUCACGUCCUCAAGAACCUUCCCUCAGCCCCUCACUUUCCCUGUCAGCUCUCAGGAUAGACCACUAAGCCCCCCUCCCAUCCCUCAGCCCUUCCCUGUGUCUUUAAACCGUAGGUAGGCUGUUUAUUUGGGAUCUGUAGUUGUUUACUUUUUGUUUGUGUAUUUUAAGGGUUCGAGAUUAAGGAGGGAGCCGAGGCGUGGAUGUAAAGUCCAAAUAAAUACUGGGGUGGGGCGGGGGGAACACAAAACUCUUUAUCUGUGACUUCCAAGGGGAUGAGGAGAAACUGGAGACCGGAGGACAGGGGGGCUUCCCCCUGUUGUUAAAAGAAAUGGGUCAGGGCAUCGCCAGGCGUGGCCGUGCCAGGGGGCGCAGCCUCCGCGGCUGCUAACGUUCUUGGUGCUUCCCUUGGCUGGCUGCAGCCCCGCCGUGCUACCCCCCGCUCCUGCUGCCUGUGCCGCCUCACCCCACAGGUGUAGCAAACGAGUCGUCUUACAGACCGGGAGGCUGCGGGACAGCCACAGGGGACGCCGAAGAGGCAGCUCCCGGGAGAGGCUGUCGCUCUGGAGCCUCUGGAAAACUGAAUGACCCCGCCUCCCGCUCGGAAAGGAAUCUCUGCAGUAAAAGUUCAUUCAAGAGAGAGCUUUUUUAAACUACAAAUCUUUGAUCCCCAAUAAAAUUAUUUAUUAUUAGGGGGGAGUAUCCAGCUUUUAUAAAACGUAAAGGAUGCUUUGGUUGUAAAAGUAAUACAUACUCAUUAGAGUCCCAGUUAAAUUCCUUGAGUAGGCAGGUGACUACCCUAAAUCAAAACAAAACAAAACAAAAUCCCUAUGAAUAAAAAAGAGACUUUUCUGUUUGUACUAGCAUAGACUGAGCUGGGCCAGGGUAGGAAGGCCCGGUGACCUUGGUCAGGCGAGCCCCCACCUUCCCUCCACUCUACCCUCUUUCACUUCUCUCUGGGCCGCCCCCUGGUGUUGCUGAAUCCUACAGCUUCCCCCAAACAGCAGGGAGACCCUGUUAGGGAGUGGUUGUGGAGGAACCCCUCUCCCGAGAAGGCAGAUGCUCACGGCAAAUAGGUCUGUACAGCUUAUCUUCCACCAGUUUCUUUAUCUGGAAUUAGAACUUCUUUUGUUGGUAUCUUUGAUCUUACAACUCAAGCACAUUUUGGAAGGGCUCCCUUACAAGAGUAGAAUUCCAAACAGGAUAUGGUUAAAGAGCAACGCAAAGGACACUUAAAAAACUGAGACACCACUUUACCAAACAGGACUACUGAGCGCAAUACAGGUGGCCAACUAAGAAGGUGUAUGUGUCCAGGUGUGUUCUCCUUCCCUCUUCCUUCCCCAAUGUUCCUGUCAGCUUGUUUUGGCCUGUUAAAACCUUCCGUUCUUUAAGAAGAAAAGCUAGUUUACCUCAAAGAAUCUUGUUUCCAUUUGGAAACCAUGACUUUGUGUUUUAGGGUGGACGACUCU